AUGAGUUUGAGCGUUUCUGUCAUGUGCAUAUGUGCAAACCCAGUCAGUCGGUCAGUUGCCACACACACAUACACACAUCCGUCCAUCCAUCCAUCCAGCAGCACCAACACAUGCUCGUUCACUCCGUUUAUCACCGCAUUCACGUCGGUGACCCUCGACUAGAUGAGUGCCAUUGGGUGAACAUCAUGAGAAUGACUCACACCCACCGGUGCCUGUCUGUCCAUCUGCUGGCCUGCCUGCCUCCCAUUUGUCCGUCCACCCACACCAGGGAAGCAGCGAGUGAGGCAGCGACACCAACCUAGUCAUGCGCACAUCAAAACCUGCCCGCCCGUCUGCCUGUCCCUCCCUCUCAUCCAUCCAUCCAUCCAUGUGGCUACGUGCCCCACUCGCUCAUCUCACGUCAGCUGCAGCGGUCUGAAGGUCGCUCUGCCGUCCCGGCCCCUCUCGACGCACCCCAGCUGCUGCCACUGGAACUGGCACUCGUCAUUGUCCAGGUGCUCGUUGAAGCCCUUGACCAGCCCCGCCACGCCAUGCUGGGCCGCCUCGUCCAGCCGGGCCCUGUGCGCCACCUCACGCACACCCAGCAGCAGGUGCUGCCCGCCCUGCUGCCCCCUGAUGGCGAAGCACUGCAGCGGCACCCGCACCAUCUCGCCACCCACAUCGGCCAUCCCGCCCACCACCUCCCUGUUGCUGCUGGCCUCGUACACUGCCGACCGGACGAAAUGCUCGACAGCCGCACGCACACGCCGGGCCAUGGCGGAGUGCCGCACGCCGAUGGCCUCGGAGAUGGUCUGGGUGGCGGCUUCCAUGUCGAACAAGUACGAUGCGAUGCGCCAGGCGAAGAUGGGGGCCUCCUGCGGGCCGACGGCCAGCCGGGGGGCGAGCAAGGCCGCGAGCGACCGCUGAGGGGCUAGGGCGGCGUUGAUGGCAGCCAUGACGUCAUCCGGCAGGUUGUUGAGCACUGUCGCGUACUCGGGCAGCAUCAGCUGGCGACCGCGGCGGUCCUCCCCUAUGGCAGUGGGCAUGAGGGCGAUGUCGGCACCCGCCUGCAGGAGCACACGGAUGGUGGUCCUGAGGUGGGGGAUCCGUCUUGUGGCUCGGUCCCUCUCGGCCUGCCCCGUGUUGCCUUCAUGCAGCUGUUGGGUGGCCUCAUCGAGCCGUCCGGCAGCGACGGCGAGGGGUGUGCAGGUGGGGAAAUACGGGAGCCAUCUGUUGAUGCCGGUAGCGGCGAGACGGUGGCAGAGAGAGGCAGCCACACAGUGGGAACCAUUGCAGGCCGUGAAAUGCAAUGGUGACAGCCCCAGGUUGUCCACGGCCCUGACGUCCGCCCCGUUGGUCACCAGCAGGUCGAUGUAGCUCUCGAUGAACUGCUGGGACCAGACGGGAGGUCUGCAGGCCACCCAAUGCACCGGAUUCUUGCCAUCCGGGUCCCGCUCGGUUGCGAGUGUGCCGUCCCGCUGGAUGAGCUGCCGGUGGAAGGACAGCAGGAUGGCCUCGUGAGCCUCAGUCGGCUGAUCCGUCGGCAAUGUGAGCGGCAGAUGGAGCAGGUAUCGCCCCCGCAGCUGGAGGCCUGGAACAGACAGACAGACAGACAGACAUCCACCAUGCUGUGUUUUUACGUGUCGUGAGUGCUGUGAAUGGGUGUGCACCUGGCUGGCCCAUCAGAAGAUUGAACGCGGCCCGGUUGCAGGAGGCGACGGCCACGCGGAUGGGCAAAGAGGCAUUCCUCCCCGCGUUGAUAUCGGCACCGCUCUCGAUCAGGGUGCGCAUGACGGAGAGCUGUAGGGCGCGGGUCCGCCACGUCGACAAGGCGACGGGAGUCAUAGUAUCAACAUCCACGCCGUCGGGUGCCCAGAUGGACGUCACGCGGUUGUCGGUGAGGUUGUCGCUGCACAGCGACAGCAGAGGAAAGGCAAAAUAGCCGCCCGUGGUGCCCGCCACCCGCACCCUCGGCAUCACAUUGGGGUCGGCUCCCUGCUGCUGAAUCAGCUGGGUCACCUGCUGUACGUCAAGGAUGGUGCGCUCUAUGAUGAUGGCCAAGGACAGCCGACUGCUGGCGUCGCUGGUGCCACGGGGGAAGCUGACGACCACCCCGUCCCCGUGGCUCUUCCAGCCACGUGAUAACGGCGGACCUGCGGCUGACAAAGCAGACACAUUAGACUAGCAAUGAUGAAUGAGGGGCGAUUCUGAUUUGUGUGUCUGUGGGUGUUCAGCUACCUCUGUUCUGUCGGCUCCGGUUCUCUCCGCUGCGCUGCUGCCCAACAAGACCCCGACCAACACGGCUAACAUCUCUACCUGCACACAUGCACAAACAGGAUAGUGAGGCACAUAUCGACGGAGUGUCCUGCUUGCUCGUGCGUGUGGUAUGAUGGUCACUCACCACUAUCGACACCAUUGCGAUCUGGUUCAUCUGGUUGUGCGCUGCCGUCACGCUGUUCCUCCUCGGCUACACCGUCUGCAAAGGAACACACACAUCCACACGCGUGAUGCUUGGCGAUGAUGCUGUGUGUGUGAUGUGCUGCAAUUUGUCUGAGUUGAGUGUACCUUCAUCGCCAUCGCCACCAUCCGCCGGGCCACCAGGGGCCAUGUCGGUGUCGUGACGACCUGACGAGAUCGCUCUCACUCACCCACACAGACUGCACGAACCACACACAGAGAGAGAUAUGGGCAGGCACCUGGUGCAUGUGUUGUGUUGUGUUGUGUGCAUCAAUCAGUGCUUGCCUGUCAGAUUUGAGUCGACGGCUGACUGCACACACUGUCGCUCAAUCAACCAGUCCGCCCGUCGACAAGGCAGACCUGACGGCCACCUUCAACACACACAGACAGCGAAUAGAUCAUCAUGGUGUGCUUGUGCAUGCAACCAAUCGCCGCAUCUUCACUCACCGUGGACGAGAAGCCGCUACGUGGCGAUAGCGAUGGAUACGCUGUUGAUGGAACUCUGGUAGAAUACCACCAGUGGAUCAGCAGGAACUCACUUCUUCACCCACGG